AUGACGCGACUAUUUGCCAGAGCAUUAGGUUGUCUUGCUUUCUGCGGCCACGUAUUCGUACUAGCAUGCUCGAGCAAUCCGGAUGCGAGAUAUCCCCGACGGCCGAGCCAAGAGUCAGCCUACAUCCGUGACUACUUCUAUGCAGGUGGCUCCUGGGUGGACGAUGGUUCAGGCCAAGGAACUCGUGUGCUGCAGGGUCAGAUGUAUGUGGAGAGGUUGUCGCCGCCUUUUGGUGCUACCCAUCCAUAUCCAUUGGUAUUCAUCCAUGGGUCUGGUCAGACGGGUACGAAUUUCCUCAAUACACCUGAUGGUAGGAAAGGUUGGGCGUCUUGGCUCAUAGACCGCGGAUACGAAGUCUACAUCGUUGAUCAGGUCGCUCGCGGCCGGUCAUUAUGGUUCCCGGGAAACGAAACAUUAGCUGCUUUCUCCGCAGAAAUCAUCGAACAAUUAUUCACCGCCAGUCGAGAACUGGGCACAUGGCCACAAGCCUCUUUGCACACCCAAUGGCCCGGCUCGGGACGAAUAGGAGAUCCUAUAUUUGACGCAUAUUACGCUUCAAACGUCCAGUUCCUCACCAACAACACAUUCGUGCAGCUAAUCCUCAAAGAUGCAGGGGCGGCACUUCUAGAUAUCAUAGGCCCCUCCAUCAUCAUCGCGCAUUCUCAAGCAGGCUGGUUCCCCUGGUUAUGGGCCGAUGCACGUCCGAACCUCGUCAAAGGCAUCCUAGCCAUCGAACCCGCCGGACCUCCCUUCGAAGAUUGGUUCGACGCCGACGGCACCCCAACACGUCCUUACGGCCUCACCGACAUCCCACUCUCCUACAAUCCCCCCAUCACGGACCUCGCCAAACCGCUCACCACUGCCGUCUACCCAUCUACGCAUCCGAACGAGUACGACUGUGUGUUACAAGCCGAGCCCGCGCGCCAGCUCGUGAAUAUGCGACAUAUACCGGUGUUGGUGGAGACGGGCGAGGCGAGCUUUCAUGCGCAGUACGACAGAUGCGUCGCGCUGUUUUUAAGGCAGGCGGGUGUGUUGAAGACGGAGUUUGUGAAUCUGGGGGACGUCGGGAUACGGGGGAAUGGGCAUAUGCAGUUUUUGGAGAAAAAUAAUUUGGAGAUUAUACGGUGGUUGGAGGAACGUUGGAUUGGGAGGAUACGGUGA